AUGGUUCUCGACGACAAGAACAUCGAACUGUCCGUCCAUGAGGGCGCCAGUGGUAUGACCGAUGAGAUUCCCAGAGGAACGGGGAACUCUGGGAGCGUUGGCCAGAACCGUGAGCUUGAUAGGUACAUUACUCUGAAGCCUGCCGUUGCCUUCGGCCUCACUGUUCUGUCUACUUGGGAAGGUAUUGGCAUCACCUUCGGUGCCGGGUUACUGAAUGGCGGGCCUACCUCCUUGGUCUACGGGCUCGUCAUGGCCACAAUUGGGUCCCUCAGCAUUGCUCUCAGUCUAGGAGAAAUGGCCUCAAUUACCCCAGUGGUCGGAGCCCAGUAUCGAUGGUCAGGUCUAUACGCCCCCCACGGUAUCAUGACACCUGCGUUCUGGAGUUUGAUCCAAGGAUGGUUGACCACCUUUGCCUGGAUCGCUCUGUGCGCGGGAGGCUCCUACGUUAAUGCGUCAAUGACCCAAGGCUUGAUAGGGCUGAACAACCCAACCUACAUCCCCAAGCUGUGGCACGUCACACUGCUCAUGUGGGCGUUCAUCUCAGUGACAGUCGUUCUGAACCUCUACGCGCGAAAGGUGCUUGUCGUGAUUGAGAUGUUCGGUGGAAUCGUUCACUUUGCCUUCUUCAUUGCCACAGUCGUAACGCUCGCGGUCAUGGGCUCGCCCAGCUCCGCAGAGUAUGUCUUUACCUCCUCUUCCUAUGGUUUGAGUGGCUGGGAGAAUCAGGGCGUUCAGUGGUGCAUUGGGCUACUUACCAGUACCUCCCUUCUUACCGGAUUCGACGGAGUGCUGCAUUUGAGUAACGAGAUGAAGGAUGCCCCAAAGAAAGUCCCUACUAGCAUGGCCCUCGGUGUCAUCAUCAACGGAAUCCUGGCUUUCGGCUUCAUCCUGACCCUCCUCUUCUUCAUCGGCGACCCAAUGGAGGCUCUCCUGUCUCCAACGGGCUACCCCGUCAUCCAGAUCUACCUAAACGCCACGGGCUCCUUGGCUGGCGCAACCACGCUGACCUGCUUCAUCAUCAUCCCCUCAGUGAUCUGCAACUUCAGCGUGUACGCCUCCGUGACGCGGCUUGUAUGGGCCUUUGCUCGCGACAAAGGCCUGCCCUUCUCCUCCUACUUUGCCUAUGUCCACCCAACCCUCCGCAUGCCUACCCGCGCCCUCGGCCUGGUGGCUACCAUCUGCGCACUGAUCGGCUUGAUCACGGUCGGCAACACGUCCGCCUUUUACGCUGUCAUCUCCCUGGGCGCCAUCGCGCUCUACAUCUCCUACAUUGUGCCCAUCUUCCUCUUCCUGCUACGCAAAAUCCAAGGCGAGCACCCGCACUACGGGCCCUUCAGCCUCGGGAAGUUCGGCCUCGCCAUCAAUAUCUACGCCGUGAUAUGGUGUCUCUUCUGCAUCGUCUGGCUGCCAUUCCCAUCCGUGGUCCCCGUCACAGCGGCGAACUUCAACUACGCGGGGCCGAUUAUGCUGUUUGUUAUCUUCCUUGCACUGUGUGACUGGUUCACUAGCGGCCACAAGCGGUUCACUAUCCCAACAGACCCGGAUAAGGUGCAGGAUUGA